AUGGAGGUCGGUUCUCGAAGCUUUGGUGGAGGUGCGAUUUGGUGGAGGUUAGAUUGGGAGGUGCGAUUUGGGGGAGGUUCGAUUUGGAGGUGCGAUUUGGUGGAGGUUGCAAGCGGCCUUUCCGGCGAAUUUCUAGCUGGGCCUUUUUCAGGCAGUGGAUGUGCAGCCAAUACCAAGAGCUUCAGUUUGAUUGAAGAGAUACUUGAAGAUCAGAAGCAGUACAAAGAUAUUACUGAUGAAGGGUUUACUGUUCGUUUUAUUUGUUUAUAUGGGAAAGCAGGCAUGUUUGAUCAUGCCCAUAAACUGUUCGACGAAAUGCCUGAACUAAAUUGUAAAAGAACUGUGUUAUCCUACAAUGCCCUCUUGGGGACUUGUGUUAAUUCGAAGAAUUUUGAUAAGGUUGAUGGGUUUUUCCGUGAAUUACCUGGGAAGUUGUCAAUUAAGCCUGAUGUUGUGUCUUAUAAUACUGUGAUCAAGGCUUUUUGUGAGAUGGGUUCUUUAGAUUCCGCUCUUUCGUUGCUCGAUGAAAUGGAAAAAGAGGGAUUAAGGCCAAAUUUGAUCACUUUUAAUAUCUUGCUUGAUGCAUUCUACAGGAAAUUAAGGUUCUUGGAUGGUGAUAAAUUGUGGGUAUGAUGGAAAAGUAUAAUGUAGUUCCUGAUAUCAUAAGUUAUAAUAAGAAGUUACGAGGAUUGGUGUUAGAAGAAAAGAUGCAGGAUGCAGUGGACUUUGUUCAGGAAAUAUUGUCUAAGGGUUUGAAGCUUGAUGUUUACACUUAUAAUAUUUUGUUCAGUGGCUUCUGCAGGGAUGGGAAGUAUUUAGAGGAGGCCGUAAAAUGGUUUGAUGAAAUGAUGAAAAACAAGUGUCCACCGGACCGCCUGACAUUUUCUACAUUGCUAAGAUAUGCUUGUGAUAACAAAGAUUUCCGUUUUGGUUCUCGGUUGUGUAGAUUAUUGUUUUAUCGUCGUUGUCGGUUGAAUGAGGGAGGCUUGAUUCAGAAGGUUAUUGAUGGGUUAGUGAGGCAGUCCAACAUCAGGGAAGCUGAGAUAUUGGUGAAAUUUGGAAAGGAUAGUAGAUAUUCUUGUUAUCACAACCUUAAAAUGCCUAAGUUUGAUACUUAGUAUAGAUUCCCUGCCCUGUGUUAUGUUUCGGGUAAUUAGAUCAAAGUUGUUUGUUAUUUAGCUCUGUUUAAAGAUGCUGAAUUAAAGUAGUGAAUCAGGUAUGACUAUCUUUAAUUCCUUAUAGCAUAUAUAUUAUGUUUUCAUUAUUUAUUAAUGAAAUUGACCUUAUUUUGAUAUAUAAAAUGAAGUAUAUUUUUGAUGCUUUA